UGUGCAGUUAGACUGCUGUUGCUGCUCUUGCGCGCUCUCUCCCUCUCUCUCUCUCGCUUUCUCUCUCUCUCUCUCUCUCCUUUCCUUCCUCUCUUGUUUUUACUGUCUUGCACCGCUGAGGCGCUUGGCUCUCGCACGCACACAGAGGGGCACGCGCAGGGGCUCGCUCACAUUAACCAUUAAACACAUCUACAUGCAGUGGAGCAACAAGAAGCCAGACACAUGUUAGGUUAGGAUACGCUCUCUCUCUCUCUCUGUCUCUCUCUCUCUCCCUCUCUCUCUCUUUUUCUGAGAAUGGUCCAGCUGGUGCCUGGGGCUCUGCUGUCGCGGCCUGCUGCCUGCAUCUGAUCACGAUCUCUCUCUCUCUUUUGCUCUCUCUCUCUGUCUCUAUCUCUCUCACACACACACACACGCACACAAACGCACAGAGCCGGCUCACAAGGAAGCACAAUGUGAGAGGUGGGUACUGAAGGUAGUGCCCUCUCUUGCUGCAGCUUGGACCCGCUUGUAGUGCCAGUCCCUGCUUUUCGCAAGCUUGCUAACCAAACCAGGCCUGGACCUUCAGCCGUGUGACCUCUGACCCCUGAUCCUGCAAACCCCUGCCACCUCCGCAGACCCCUGACCUACCACGUGCACCACCUUCCACACAGCUGCAGUACCCCAGGAGCUGCCAAGUGCCAGUGGGAUCUCUUGGAGUUGCAACAUUUUCACAGUUGGAGCUUUCUUUAUGUGCGUGUUUGUGUAAAAACAACAACAACAAAAAAAAACAGCCAGAAGUAAAAAGGUUUUAUUUUCUUUUUUGCUGCCUGGGAAUUUUCUGCGAUUCUGUCACGCCCUUGACCCCCACACACUCCGCUGUGGAAUAGGCUUCAUGUUGAUUGUUUGAAAAAGAGAAGCAAAGAGAAACUUCCCGUUAAAGGCUGUGCAGCAGAUCUCUUCCUGACCUUGAACACACACAUACACACAUACACACAAGGUUGCGUUCGCCAUGGCAAUGAACAUGGCACACAUUCGCGACCCAAAAUGGCUGACGCUGGAGGUGUGCCGUGAGUUCCAGAGAGGCACGUGCUCACGCUCAGACGCAGAGUGCAAAUUCGCCCAUCCAGCCAAGAGCUGCCAGGUGGAGAAUGGCCGAGUAAUCGCCUGCUUCGACUCGCUCAAGGGACGCUGUUCCAGAGAGAACUGUAAGUACCUGCACCCGCCUCCCCACCUGAAGACGCAGUUGGAGAUAAACGGCCGCAAUAACCUGAUCCAGCAGAAGAACAUGGCCAUGCUCGCCCAGCAGAUGCAGAUCGCCAGUGCUAUCAUGCCUGGCAGCCAGCUUCAGCCAAUGCCUUUUAUCUCCGUUACGCCGAACUUAGCCACCAAUGCCAGUGUGGCAGCUGCAGCAGCGGCGGCUUCGUUUAACCCGUACCUGAGUCCCGUAUCGCCAGCACUAGUGCCCACUGCUGCUGACAUCCUGCCCAGCACACCAGUCCUGAUCGGGGGAAAUCCUGCUGCUGUGGCACCUGUAACCUCCACAGCCAACGCAGCUGCACAGAAACUACUGCGCACCGACCGCCUGGAGGUGUGUCGCGAGUACCAGCGUGGUAAUUGCUCUCGCGGUGAGACAGACUGCAGAUUUGCUCACCCGGCUGACAGCACCAUGAUCGACUCCAGCGAGAACACCGUCACCGUGUGUAUGGACUACAUCAAGGGCCGCUGUUCACGGGACAAAUGCAAAUAUUUCCAUCCUCCCGCACACCUGCAGGCCAAGAUCAAAGCAGCACAGCACCAGGUGAACCAGGCCACAGCCACCGCGGCUAUGACGGCUGUCAAAUCACUGAAGCGACCCCUCGAGGCCACCUUUGACCUGCAGGGCCUUCCUCAUAGCGUAAUUCCUCCUUUGCCAAAGAGACCAGCCCUUGAGAAAACCAACGGUGCCACCGCCAUGUUCAAUGCCGGCAUGCUGCAGUACCAACAAGCGCUGGCCAACAUGCAGUUUCAGCAGCAGGCCGCGUUUAUUCCUUCAGGCUCAAUAUUGUGCAUGACUCCUGCAGCGAGUGUGGUACCCAUGAUGCACGGCGCUUCACCGGCCGCUGUGUCCGCAGCAACCACAUCCGCCACUACUGUUCCCUUCGCAACCGCAUCAGCAAAUCAGGACUCUUCUCUAUCAAAGCUGACUACCAACGAAUACAUGCAAUUGAUUCCAAUAAUAUCUGCAGAACAUCUGACUAGCCACAAGUACCUGACUCAGAUGUAGUCCGAGGCCAGACCAAUCAAAUAAGUCUACUCAUCAGUUACCUGGGACAGACACAGACAAUUUGAUGCCAACAAAUAUUCACAUUUCAUCCACAUCCUUAGAACCCUCGGGGUAUCAUUAGCUCACUGAUGUAAUAUUUAAAGGACUAGUCCAUGACAUACCAAUAUGCAGAAACAUGCAGUGCCCUUAGAGGUGGUGUGCAGAACUUGAGAGAAAUAUAGCUGUACAUAAGAUGGGUUCAUACACUUUAGGGUUCAUAAACAUUUAGCUAGAAGCAGUCUGUUAGUAGCAAGUCUAACAAUUUCAAGGUUAGAUAUGAUACCGACAGACGCAGUAACAAUAGACCAAAAGUUUUUUCUUUCUUAAUUACCUCCCUUAGGUAUUGAAUUAAUGUUAUUUCAAAGUAACACUUAACUGAAGGUUAAAAUUGUAGAGCUGGUGGUUUUUCCUCAUACACACACACACACACACACACAUUUUGCCGAAAUGUAGAUAUUGAACACCAUGGCACUGAAAUUUAGUCCCAGACAGAGAUCAUACUCUCAUAGCUAUAGUAAUAAAUGAUAAGGUCAUUAAUAUUUUCCUUCUAGUGAUUAAAGUGGUGUAAGUCCACUCUAAAUGUUGUGCUCGGGUGUGAUGGGAACAUACAAAAGAAGUGUUUUAUUCGGAUGGAACAGAGAGAAGCAGGUCUCGCGUGCCUGUUCAAGCAGGUACAGUUCACCUUCCAGUCUUAAUGAGCGUCCUUUCAUUAGCCAUGUUAGUUUGGACACGCCCACGUCGGCGAAUCGUAACACAUCAUGCCAUAUCCAGUGCUUAUACGCCAAUGCCUGUUCAUUUAUAUUGAACGAUAAAUAAUUAGCAUUGGUUCUAGUAGUCAGAUGUUCAGUUUGAGAUGUUUUCCUGAGUUAACUGUAACAUCAGGUGAAGCGUUACUGAUUUGACACGGGUGGUUUACAAAAAAACAAAACAAAAAAAAAAACAAAAUGUGAAAAUGCACCUUAAAAUUGAAAGAUAAUUACAAUUCUUGAUGGCACAAUACAUCCAGCAAAAUGCAAGUGUUGUUUUUUUGCUGCAUUAAAAAGUGCAGACUUGCAGAGGAAGGAUCAGGAUUAAAGAAGACUAAUGAAUGUUUUUAUGUAAAACUAGAAUCCUUCUGACCUUUUUAAAGCACAUCUUAGCUUUAAAUCAAGCUCAAGAUAUACAACAGGCUACAAAUGGAAAGUGUUAUAUCGACAGUGUUAUUCUGUUUACCAGAGAUUGUUUUUAUACAUAAUUUCAUGUCUACCUUUUUUUUCUUUUUUUCGUUUGUUUUUUUUUCCGAAUGACUUUUUAUUGUUAUUUGUCUGUAAUGCUCUCGAUGGCUUUUCCAUUCAGCCUUAGACAGGCCUUUUUUCGACUUGCAUGAAAACAGGGUUGCCUUUUCCUUCCUGUUGCCAUAUCUAGAGAUUUUUAUUGCCUUGAAUGACGGAGUGGCUUUUUUUAUCCAUGAAACGGAGAAUGGGGAUCGGUGAUCACCGCAUGUCUUUACGUUGUCAAAAAAUAACUCAGACUCUUAGAGCAUGAUGUGAAGAGACUGUUUCCAGUCACGGAGUGGAGCAUAAAUGACGGCGCUGCUCCAACUCGAUGGUCAGCUUCGUUUUGAUUUCUUUUGUAAUAUGGGGAGACCAGAUAUGUAUUUGGUUCAGGUUUUCUUUUGUAUGGAUUUGGUGCCAUUUGUGUUGUAUGUUUAUGAUUCCUGAUCUCAAACAGCUUUUAGCCUAUGUACAGCAAACAAACAAAAAAAAAUAACAAACGGGAAAAAAAACAAAAAAACAAACAGAGAUGAUAAUUGUUGAACGUUCUGUUGUGCCAAAGUUCUUUUUUCUCGUUGUUUUUCGUGGUUUUCAUGGUCUAUAAUCGUAGUCAAUGGUGAACGGUCAUGGUAUGAUCAAAGCCAAACCUAGUUAAGAGAAAGCUAAAUGAAGCGACUUCAUAUAUUUUUUGUUUCUGCCGUCAUUUCCGAGCACAGUGAGACAGAAGCCAAGACUGCGUAGUGAGACUGAAGCUCAGAAAUGUGAGACUCCCAGUUGGUGUUAGAUCUAGAUCAGUGGAGCCUAUAUGUCUUAAGUCUAUUUUUGGUGUACAGAGAGAUAUAUCGUUCAGGGUUGGGGUCAAUUCAAUUUACAAGGUUAAUGAGAUGAUUUAUGAAAGACUGUUUCAAAUGGAUCAGUAAAUGUUGUAGAGUGCAUUUCAGUGCUUCGGCUGUGGCAGUGGAAUGAAGGGAAAUGGGAUUGAACCCAACUCUGGUGCUGUUGCUGUUUCUUCACUGAGGCCUUAGAUUUCAGUUAGUCUUUUCACUCAGAUGUUCUGUCUUAUUGUUUAUGCGUAUUUUAUAUUUUUAUUAAUCAUUUUAACACAUACUGCUCAGUUGUUUACUUCACCAGCUUAGAUUAAGAAAAAACAUAUUGCAACAUGCUGCAUGUAUACUUUGUGGAAUUUACUUAUUUUGUAUUUGGUAAUAUUUGGUUUUCGACUUUAUUCUUGUUUUUCUGGAAUUGUAAAUGCGUUUUGUUUCGCGUCCUCCCUCGCUCCCUUCCUCCCUUCCUCCCUCCAUCUCCAUCAUUCUUUUUAGUGAUUUUAGCUUUUGUUGUUGUAUAUUUUCCUUUUAUUUUUUUAUUUUUUUUUUUAUUUUUUUUGGAAGAUUAAUGUUUGAUUGUUUCGAUGUUCCUUCUUUCUUUUCUUUUUUUUAUUUGAUAUUGUUUGUCUUUUGUUUUGAUAUUGCUUCUGAAAUGAAACCUGUAUGACAUUUCUUAAUUUAACAAAUUUAAUUUGUACGUAACUAAAUCAAGAACUCUUUUUAGUUUACUUUAUGGAGCAUAUGUGGAAAGUAACAAAUUAUUUUCUAUUGUAUCCAUGUUAAAAUUGUAUUUUGAUAUUUUUAACAAAAAACAUCCCUGAAUGUCAGGCCAAAAAAAAUAUAUAUAUAAAAAAAAAAUAUAUAUAUAUAUAUAUAUAUAUAUAUAUAUAUAUAUAUAUAUAUAUAUAUAUAUAUAUAAAAUAUUGAAUAUUUAGAUGACGAUGCUGAUGGUGAUGAUAAGAGGUUACGUUGUUGGGACUUUGGCUGCAAGGGAGAGAGAGCCAUGACCCGAGGGACAAAGGUCGAAUUUUGCACUUGUGUAUAUAGUCAAUAUAAAACAAGGAAAAGAAAACAUGUAUAAUAUGGAGAUCUUAUUUUGAAUAAUAAAAGAUUCUAUGAGAAAUUUUGUUAGGAUAAUUUAAGGAUUAUAGAGUAAUAGACCAGCUAAAUGAAUUUGCUUGCAGAAGUGGCUCAGCUCCUUUUAUUAUUACUUCAAAUCAUGGCUUAAAAAAGAAAUAAAAAAAACGAAAAAGCUAAGCAUCGCUCCGCCUUAAUCAUGUGCGCUGCCUGUCAUUCGAAGCUCAGUGCUGACGUUUCGGAGCCGGUUUCCUCGUCUCCUGUGUGACGUGCCGUAAAAGCAGACGCUGUUUUUCUGUGAGAAAUUUACCAAAGUGGAGCAUAAUGAGGUCCAUUGGACUAUAACCCAUUACAAACAUUUCGAUUUAAUAUCUGAUCAGUGACAAUAAUCCGACUGACUGGAAAGAAAUUACACUUUGUUCAGUUUCUGAUAGAAAGACUCCAGAGUGUCUUGCAGAAUUUAUCGCCUGUCAGACAUUUUGAGGACUGUUUCCAAAAUGUCACACACUCCCUUAUUAGGAAAGCUCAAAAAAAUUUUCUUUUUCUUUUUUUUUUUUACUUGGGCCUGAAUGUUGUUAGCUGCAUGUAGAGAUUUAACAUGAUAAAAUCCACCUUUUAGAUAAGUAGCUAUGUCACUAUGUCACACAACACCGCAGAUCCCAUUAGAAAAUAUCAUUCUAAAAAAAUAGUGACAAUUCUCAGCAUACGUUAAGUGACAAACAUUUACUCAAAUCUAUAAGGAUCAACGUGGUAAACACAGUAAACUAAUGAGUUCAAAAUGACCAGACAUGCUAGCAUAAGCCUUACACACCACAUGACAUGCACACACACACACACACACACACAUGGCGUGUGUGUGUGUGUAACAAGGCAACCGUGCCUUCAGCAGGAAAAGGUCACCCACCAAAACAAAAGAAACACAAUGAAUGUAAAACUUCUGAUCUCCGUUUCGAGGUUUUGACUCACUUACCGCUGCUGCACAAGUGCUAAUAAACCAAAGCAUCACUUUCCUCCGAACAGACCCGAGGCACAGCUCUGCGUCUGCCACAGUGAAACCGCCGGUGGUCCCUACCUGCUGAAAGCACCUGCUUUACUGAACGCUUCACACUCACCAUGUAAUCUCACGCCCACUCUUUGCUUACACUCGCUAAGACCUUGUACUAUGUUUUAAAAAGAAACUGUUUUAUGCACAUUUAUUAUUGUUUUAUUUGACUAUCUUGCUGUUAUGAAUGAAAAAAAAAAAUAAAUAAAAACCAAAAUGGAUUUCAACUGAAAAA